GGUACGCAGAGACCCGCAAGCUCCCAAGUCCCAAUCUCCCAUUCUCAGACUCUCUGUGAAUGCUCGUUCAGACACCGACCGGCCACCGUCAUUGGCCUCACGGUGUUCUUCCUCGGAACCAGCGCUGCUCUGCUUCUGCUCGACUGCUUCUCAGAACCGGCUGCUUUGCUUCCGCGCUGCACAGUUUCUCCGCGCCGCACUGCUCGCCGGAGAACCUUAGUCACGACGCCACCAACAGCGGCGGCGAAGUGUGAAGGUCACUGCUCUGCUCAUGCUCCGCUUCUUCUCCUGCUCCUCUUCUCGGCACUGCUCAUCUUCUUCUCGGCGCUGGUGCUCUUUUGGUGAGGAAGGUCACAAGCCCCUGCUCAGCCGCUCCUCUUCUUCUCGGCGCUGGUUCUGCACUGUGUUCUUCUAAUGUCUGUGCAUUGCUAUUGAUGAAUUCAAGGGCAGCAUGGGAGAAUGAAGGUAGAGACAAAAAGUCUCAAAGAUUUUAAAUGCAAUGAUGGAAAAGAAAAAGAGAAGGUUCACUUUCUGUGCUGAUAAAGUGAUUCUGCUGGUCUUGUAAUGUUUGAACGGAUCUAUGUUUGUCAAGAAUUGCCCUCCCUGUCUAUUUGUAGAUAAUGACGAAAAAGAGACUGAACCAAGAUUCACUCUAAGUCUCUAAGAGUUAGAGUGACAUUAAUUUGAGGAGAAGGUGGAAUAGAAAGUGUUUGAGAUUAACAUGGAUGAGAAGAAGCCUAUCAUCAAGGUCGAGCCGGUUCUGGACGAACAAAUUAACAGUUCAAAAGUAAUCGAGGAUGCGGAUAUUGAUAUUGUAAGUUGGACAAACAAGGGUGAUUUGGCAUCGAAUAAAAACGAAGACCCUGAUGCAACUGAGUAUUCAAGUUCAUUCGCUGACACUACGUCUGAUGCUGAAAAUGGUUCUAGACUUAGUGAUGCUGAGGUAGAGUCAGAAUUCUUAGGUGAUAGUGGCUUGGCAUGCAACAUUGAUGCUUUUUCCUCCACAUUCCAUAUGAGGAAGAAGAAAUUGACAUAUCACUGGAGGAACUUUAUACGACCUCUAAUGUGGCGCUGCAAAUGGGCAGAACUAAGAAUCAAGGAAAUUGAGUCGCAAGCAUUAAAAUACAGUAAAGAGCUUGCGGAAUAUGAUAAGAUAAAACACAUGGAGCCCGAUCGUUUUACACUAGAAGAGUUUGGCUCGAAAUCAUUGCCGUUUACGAGUCAUCAGUAUAGAUGUAACGCCAGGAAAAGGAGGAAAAGAAAGAAAGUUGAGGAGACAACUGACCUCGUGUCAUAUACAUCGAAUCAUUAUCUUUUCUCCUAUCUCGAGAAUAAGAAGUCUGAUCUUGAUGGCUGUUUGGUUGAGGAUUUUGGUAAUCCAGUUAUCACAGAGUUGCAUGCUGAUUCAAGUGAUAGAUUUGGAAUCGGUGAUGAUCAAUCUUUCUUUGAGUAUAGUGAGAGUGAUAGUUGCAUGGAGCAGCUUCUUUGGACAAUUGACAACCUAAAUUCUAGAGUCCAGAAGCUGAAGGGUCAAGUCGAUGUUGUCAUGUCCAAAAACACUAAGUUAUCAUCGUCGGAGAAUUUGAGCCUGCUUCCUCAUGGUGAUGUACAGACUAGCUCUGCUCCUAGUCCUACAACCUCUGCAGCGAAUGGAGACUCAAUAUCCGUGAGGGCUAUUUAUAAUUCAGCUCGGCAUAUUCCCGAGUUUGAUUUAGGCAAUUUGGUUAUGCCGGACAGUGCUGUUUCGAGCUAUGGAGAAGUUACAAUUAUCCCUGACAUAAUCGAGAGCACCGUGGGAUUAUUGUCUGCUGCUGAUGUUACUCUCCGUCCAGCCUUGGUUGGGGACUCUUGUGAUGAUAUGAUGGACAGUGUCUUGAUACAUGAGGUAGCUGAAACAGAAGACCACGCAUUUAAAAGCGCGAGUCAUCACCCCAUUGAGAAGCUUCAGAAGUCUGCUGCGAAAUGUGAAGGGGAAGAAAAAAUUCUACAGCACGGGGAAGAGGAAAUUCUACAGCACAUUGAUUCUGUUCCGGCAUCGGAUCUUAACAAUGUAGUGGUGAAUAGUUCUGCAGGGUCUCAAGAACAACCAGUUCUCAAGCAAAGCUUGCAUGGUGAUGUGAGUGUCCCCAAGAACAAGAGAAAGAGAGGCGAGCGCAAAGCUGGUUCGGUUGGUUGGAGCAAGAAAUGCUCUACUGAACCAGAUAGCCAGUGAGCGAAUGAAUCAGAAUUUUUGUAACUCAUUUUUGUUUUUUCCAUCCUUCGUUCAUAAUUUUGACAGAAGUUGUUUCACAAUUGAGAUUGCAAUGAAAUAAGAUAUUUUAGACAAUUAGACUCUUA